AAGGAGGAGGUGUACGCGUUCGGUCGGUCUGCUCCUCAUCUCUUCAGCAGGUGGAUACCAUGAACUAUGUGGGGCAGCUGGCGGGCCAGGUGCUGGUGACGGUGAAGGAGCUGUAUAAAGGAAUCAAUCAGGCCACUCUGUCGGGCUGCAUUGAUGUGAUUGUGGUCCGGCAGCCUGAUGGGACGUUCCAGUGCUCUCCUUUCCAUGUUCGAUUUGGGAAACUGGGGGUGCUACGCUCCAGAGAGAAAGUGAUUGAUAUUGAGAUCAAUGGAGAAACUGUAAAUCUGCACAUGAAGCUUGGAAACAACGGAGAAGCCUUUUUUGUGCAGGAGACUGAGCAGAACAAUGAGAUUAUUCCUGCUCACCUGGUGACAUCACCCAUCCCCUCUGAGGAAGUUUUGAUCAGGAGCAGAGAGUCUAGAUGUGGAGGCGCAAUAGAGACCGGUCAGCCUCUCAGUCCAGACCUGAACCCUGCAAACAGCCAGCUCUGCUCGGGCACAGCUGGCAGGAAGAAGAGGAGACGCAGGAGGAAGCACAAAGCUGAGCCACGCAAGGAGGAGCAGGCAUGUGCAGGAGGAGAACCAGAGCUGUGUGACUGUAGUUCAGAUGAGGAGCAACAUGCAAACAGUGGACGAUCGUCAUCUGGGUCACUGAUGAAGGAUCAGAGGCAGCACUCCCCCCUCACUGCCCUGGAAUGGGACAGUUACCCUUUCUCUGAUGGAGACUGGUCACCCUGCACUGUGAAGGCGUCUGAACCCACGUCACCCAAAAGUGACUCUGAGCUGAUAGUGAAGCCAGCAGAGUGUGGUUUUAGGUCUGAACCCCACAUGCAGUGGAGCUGGGGAGAGUUUCCUGAAUCUACAAGGGUCAACAAAAGGGACAGAUCAGAGCCAAAAACACUGAUCAUCACGCCCUCAGAGAACACACAUUUCAGGGUUAUUUCGAGCUUAGAAGCCAAGGAGGGAGAGGCAAGAGUAAAGCAGAGCACAGAAGACCUCAUUUGCAAUGUUGUGAAACCAGAGCCCCGGACCAUCGAACCCCAUCAGUGCAGCUGCACCCCGCAGCCCCCUGAAGUUUCUUCACGUGAUACAAACUUUUCCCAAUCUAGGCCAGAACUUUCAGACAUCAAGUCAAGCAGCUUCUCCUCUGAGCUCUGUCCCAGAAACUCUGACCUCAAUGCAAAAGAUACGCACAAACCCAGAUGGACGUCUUUACCGCCCAGCCGCAGGGACAGUGGAUCUGCUGCCUGUGGAGGAAGCAAAGAGGUCAGAGACCCCCCAGCUGUUAGUGCUGACGCAGAAACCCCAGACUCGCCCAAACGGAAGGUUGUGAGGAAGAGGAGCCAACAUCAAGGCCCUGAAGAUAUUUACUUGGAAGACCUGAGUGCUCUUGAACCUGAUGUUGCAGCUCGAUACUUCCCCAAAAGUGAGUCUGAGCACGGUUCUAAACACUGGGUGGAGACGGGGCGACGCUCCGGAUCCCAGUCACCCCAGUCAGUGGGCAGUGCAGCGGCAGACAGUGGAACUGAGUGUCUGUCCGACUCUCCUGGCGACCUGCCGGACAUCACUCUGUCAUUGUGUGGAGGCGCGGGCGACAACUCUGAAAUUUCCAAAGAAAAAUUCAUGGAGCACGUCGUCACCUAUAGCGAAUUUGCAGAGAAUCCAGCUAUUAUCGACAAUCCCAACUUGGUGGUCAAAAUCGCAAACCGAUAUUACAGCUGGGCUCUGGCAGCACCGUUGAUACUUAGCAUGCAAGCUUUCCAGAAGAACUUGCCAAAGGCUACAGAGGAGGCCUGGGUGAAGGAGAAAAUGCCAAAAAAGUCUGGACGCUGGUGGUUCUGGAGGAAGAGCAGUACCAAACAGUUGUCAUCCGAGUGUAAAUUGGAAAGAGAGGAGUCUGUGAGCCGAGAGAGUCCUGCCCUCCAGCAGGCUGCAGAACCACAGCAGAAAGCUGCAGAGUGGUCCAGCGAUGAUGAGGCUAAAGAGCUGAGCAGUGCAGCAUCCACUCUGACACCCACUGAGCGCGUGCAGACAGAAGGUCCAGCUUCAUGCCACUCUUACAAGAAGUCCCUGCGCCUGUCGUCUGAGCAGAUAGCCAGCCUGAAGCUGAGAGACGGCCCAAACGAGGUCACCUUCAGUAUAACCACUCAGUACCAGGGAACGUGCCGCUGCGAGGGCACCAUCUACCUGUGGAACUGGGACGACAAGGUCAUCAUCUCUGACAUCGACGGCACCAUCACCAAAUCAGAUGUUUUUGGUCAGAUUCUUCCUCAGCUCGGUAAAGACUGGACUCAUCGGGGAAUCGCGAAGCUUUACAACUCUGUGCAUGAAAACGGCUAUAAGUUCCUGUAUUGUUCAGCCCGAGCGAUAGGCAUGGCCAACAUGACACGAGGAUAUUUGCACUGGGUGAACGAGAGCGGCACUCUUCUUCCUCAGGGACCCCUCAUGCUUUCACCAAGCAGCCUCUUCUCUGCCUUCCACAGAGAGAUCAUCGAAAAGAAGCCUGAGAAGUUUAAGAUCGAAUGUCUGACAGACAUCAAGAACUUGUUCGACCCAAACACACACCCCUUUUAUGCUGCCUUUGGAAACAGAGAGAACGACGUGUUUGCCUACAAACAAGUGGGUGUGCCUGUGUGUCGAAUCUUCACCGUGAAUCCUAAGGGAGAGCUAAUUCUUGAACAAACCAAAGGCAAUAAAACAUCAUACAGCAGGCUGAGUGAGCUGGUGGAGCACGUUUUUCCUUUACGCAGCACACAACACAACACCACCUUCAGCUGUCCGGAGUUCAGCUCCUUCUGUUUCUGGAAACAGCCGAUUGCUCAGGUUUGCUUCGAGGAGCUGCUGUAA